AUGUCCAAAGUAACAGAAAACGAAAGUUCAGAUGAUGAUGCAUUGUAUUCAAUCAAUUCAGAUUUAAGUGAUAUUGAUAGUGACGAUAUUGAAGAAGAUAAUAUAAGUGGUGAAUUAAAAUUAUCAAACAAUUUUGAAUCUAAAAUACCACAAAAUUCACCACCAAUCGCCUUUUUUUUAUUAUACUACACACCAGAAUUAGUUUCUGACAUAGUUGAUCAAUUAAAUCUUUUCAGAAUUCAAACCAAAAAACACAACAAGCACCUAUGA